UGAGAUCCUCCGCCCUUUCUACGCUCUCUCCUUCGCAGCGCUUCCAGCUGUCAGACAGCCGCCGGUGUCGGACCUCAGGCCGGUGUCGUAGCCGCCAUCGCUACCGGAGAGCCUAAUGGCGGCGGUUUUCUGUUCUGCGACACCCUGGGACUGUACAAGCGAGGCCUGAUGUGUGCCAAUCGGGACUCCACGUCCUCUCCGGGGUUCCGGGCCCUUCUAGGCCGCUUCCUGCACGGCCUGCUCCAGUACCGUGUGUUCCAGCUGCUGGGGGCUGCCUGGUCUUAUCUAAUGGGACUAGCUGGAGCGUCCUUCCUUUCCAUUCUGCCCUCUGCCUGGUUGGUGCACCAAUCGGUUGGCCCCGAUGAGCUGCCCGAGAUGCUUGAAGCCCUUGGGCUGCGGUCAGGACCAUGGGAGGAGCUGGAAGAAUGUCUGGAAGAGCUGGGUCCUUGGAAGGAACUUCUUUCUCCUGCCAUGAAAUCAGAUCUGGAAAUCAUGAGUCCAUGGAAAGGGUAUGUUUCCUCCAGCAAGGAGCCGGAAUCCUGGGACACUGCUCUAGAAGAAUUGGGCACCUGGCACAGCAAAAUGCAGGCAUUGUGGGAGCCAGGGCUGAGCACCUGGAAAGAUCUUGUAGACCCUGACCAAGAAGAUGAUGAUUGUCAUAGUAAGUCCUCUGUCAACAAUUCCUCUUUCAGCUACCACAAAACCCAGAAAGAGAGUGGACAAUGUGAUGUAGAAGGUGAGAAGAAGCUACACUCAUCUUCUGUUGGGAUGGUGUCCUGUAUCUUUAACCCUGGGUCAGGUGGAGUGUUCACUUGGCUUGAUCUAGGAAGCGAACCCAAUCUUCAGAGCAAAGAAGUUCUUGAUGAAACCUCUAGUCAGAAGGAGUCCAAAGAUGAAAUUGAACAUAUCCGAAACAAGAGGCUUUGGUUCCUGCAGCAGAACCAGGGCCAAGAUGUCUCAACCACUGAGCUCAAGCAAGAAGAAUCGACACAACAUCAGCAAAAUGCUCUUCCAAAGUUAGAUUUGCCUGUAUCUGACUGGCAUGAUGGACAAGAUCAGAACAUAUGCCCUGACAGCUUGUCAUAUUUUGAUUUAGACCAGAGCAGUGCCAGGGAACCUCCAAGUACUGACCCUAAUUCCAGACCUUGUCAUGCUCUUUCCUUACUGGUUCCAAAGCCAUACAUUUUGGGGAACAUCCAGAAUAAAUAUCCACCCAGCCCAGAUCAGGACCAAGGAUAUCACAGUUUGGAGGAUUGGCAGUGUCUGGCUAUAAAACAGAACCUCGAGUCAGAGGGUAUUUCACCUCCUGAAAUCCAUGAACCAAUGUGGAAUAGUGAUGGUGCUCAUGUGCUUACAGAACUUUCAUGUUCUGUGGUGAAAGGUCUCAAAAAUGACCAGGACAGUGACACCAUGGACUCUGAUCUGGAGGAGGAAAUCCAUGCCCCCACUAUUCCUGUGUGCACAAAUAAACAUAUUGGCUAUAUUUUGGGUACAUUCGUGAGUGAUGAUGAGGAAGACCCUAGUUCCUCAUGUGAAGAUGAUGAUGAUUGGGAUAAGGAUGAUGAUCAUGACGACGACGAUGGAUUUGAUAGUGAAGGAUCACUAUCUGCCUCAGAAAGAGACAUUCCUGUCUCUGAGGAUGUUGUCCUGUUGAACUCUUUUUGUAGUGCCGAUCCUUACAAUCCACAGAACUUUACUGCUCGUUUACAAACUGGUCCUAUUGUGGAAGUGAAUUCCCACCUUGAGGACCAGGCAGCUGUCAUUUCUGAUGAUGAAGAAUCAUGGUUUGACAGUGAUGCAGUGUCAGACAGUGAUAGCGAGGAUGAAUUUAUUGCUGAUGAACAGGAAAACUUAAAAUUAUGGAAUGGGUUCCUCAAAUCUGAAGACCCCUACAACCCCUUAUUCUUUAAUGCCUCGGUACAAACAUCUGUGCGAAAAAGACAGAGCACCGAAGCUGCCACCAAACAUAUAGAGGUCAUUUGUAUGAGCUCCUCAAGUUGUGAAUUGACUGUAUCCUCUCACCCCAGUGAUUCUCCGCUCUCAAGAUUGAGAAAGGUGCACGGUGUGUCCAUGGAGGAAAGUGCCAAUGUUGGUCAUAAAAAGGUGACCUUCUUUGACAAAGUCACCGUAUACUAUAUCUGUAAUGAAGAAGAGCGCAAAGGUCACUGGGAGGAGUUUGCCCGAGACCGCUGCCGAUUCCAAAGGCGCAUCCAGGAAACAGAGUCUGUGAUUGGACGUUGCUUUACCCCUGACCACAGGCAUAGGAUGUGGAACCGAAUGCAUGAAAUAUGGGGCAGCUAGCCCCUCCUAAUUUUCUAGCGACAGACUCUUUGCAGAAGUUUUUAACUACCACAGUUACAGUUCUAUAUUCGCCACCUUUUUAUCCUACAGCAAGGGGGACUUGAACCCAGGGAAUAAAUUUUAUUGCAACCCUAGCUUUUAAUACAUGAUGAACUUUACAGCCCGCUUCUUCUUCUGCUCUCCUAUACCCUUGCUUAGCUUCAAGGUGCCAGAAUGACAUGAUGAGGCCAAUGCCACCAUUUUCAGAAUUCUGUCCAUGAAGAGUGCACUUUAGGUUUACGGACCAGAAUAUCCUACUCAUUCACACACAAUGCUGCUUCUCCUUUCGGACUACAUUUGUCUUGGUUUUCUGGGUGAAAUCUUGACGCUAGUUUCUUGAUCAGGUUUUCUUGCUUAUUUCAGCUAUUCGGUAACGAUGGUUCAGUAUUUGGCCACAGUUUCUCAGCAGGGACGAGCAGUGCAGAUGUCACUUGCUUCCUGUAAGCCUCUUUGCGUAAAACCACCUUCUGUAUAAAGAGAAACUAUCUACUGUAUUCAGACCUGAAUGCAAAAGAAAAGAGGACAAACCUGCUUUUAUUUGUUUGCAAUGCAAAUGUCUGUAGGAACUGUGGCUGAAAACAAGCGAGCCGCCAUAUAAUUACCAGAUUAUGUGGAGAUGUUACUCGUCUAUAUCGCAGCACCAGACACUAUAUAUUGUGGAGGGGCAAAAGAAAGUAGUAUCAAAAGGGACACCAAACAUCAGGCAGCUGUCAUGACCUAACCCACAAAAUGGUAUCAAAAAGGCAAAAAAACACGUCAAAUCAAUGAUCUUCUGACAAAUCUGAAGAGCAUCUUCUGCACCUCCUAUUUA